AUACCAUCUGGAAAAACGGCAUUUCUAGUCCGCUCAACUCCGCAAUGAGGGGGGCGUCUUGCCCGUGGCCAUUACCAAUAUAAAAACAAUUGAUACCAGUUUCGCAGCGCAUCUCAUUCAGUCGUCGCCAUUUCAAAGCAAUCUCCCUAGAAGAGAAUCCUCAAAAUGAAGCACAUUCAGUGUACAGGCAGCCCCUUUGAAAUUGGCCGGCAACACGGGCAGAGCGCCAAAACGGAGGUGCAUGGAAGUAUCGCUUUCUAUGAGAGCUUUUUCAAAGAGCGAGCCAAGCUAUCAUGGCCCCAAGUUCGCGAUGUAGCCAGAGCAUUUGUCCCCUUGCUCGAGACUUCGUACCCCGACUAUCUGGAGGAAAUGAAAGGUGUGGCAGAAGGCGCCGACGUCGAUCUUGAUUCUGUCAUCGCACUCAACGUUCGUACCGAGAUCGCGUAUGGUAUGCUGAGUGACGGAUGUACUGCAUUUACUUGGAAGACGUCAGAUGAGAGUUUCAUUGGCCAAAAUUGGGACUGGCGCAUGGAACAGACGCCCAACGUCGUUUGUCUGAGCAUUGAGCAGCCGCCAAAGCCGACGAUAAAGAUGAUGACUGAAGGUGGUAUCAUCGGCAAGAUUGGCUUGAACUCGGCCGGGGUGGGAGUCACCCUGAACGCGAUUGCGGCGCCCGGCGUGUCAUACAACAAACUUCCCGUACAUGUGGCCUUGCGAAGAGUGUUGGACAGUACUUCCCGAGAAGAAGCAGAAACCGCUCUGCGAAAGGCAGGCGUCGCGGCCGCGGCUCACAUCACAAUAGCGGAUUCGGCCACGGGAGCCUGUGGAUUCGAAUGCACUGCCCUGGAUAUCGUCGAGAUGCCCAUGGACCCAAAGGGCAUCUGCACACAUUCGAACCAUUUGGUCAAAGGACACAAGGUACAAGGGUCAUCUAUGCUGCCGGACUCACCUUUCCGCCUGAGCCGCAUUCAGGAAUUGCUGAGUGGCAUUGACAAACCGACGACGCAAAACUUCGCCGAAAUGUUCAAGGACGAGAAAAACUAUCCGGCCUCAAUUUGUCGAGCUGUGGGUGAGAAGAGUACCAUACAGACUCUGUUUUCAAUCGUGAUGGAUCUGAAACAAGGCACCGCUAGAGUCAAGAUGGGUCGACCGACUGAGGGCGGAGAAGUCUUUGAAUUGAGACCGUGA